AUGUCUUGUCCGUCCUCUCGCGGUUUAUGUUGCCGGAUUGGGGCUUUGGUCGGUGGCGGCUGCAGAGAAAAAGACGCCUGUAUUUCUCGGCUCUUUCUGGUCCGAAAGAGCGCCCAAAAAGUGGAGAGCUGUACUCUGGCGUCUCCACGUCUUCCAUGCUCUCUCGCCGGUUCCAGCCAAGCAUACAUGCGCCCUUUUCUCUGUCAGGAGAGGGUACUGUGGGGCGAGGCGAUUUUUUCCUUCCGGGCUCGUCAAUUCGAUGGUGGCGUUUUGUUGUUGGGUUGUGUGCGAAUAAAGUUAUAUUUUUUGUCUUUUUCAGAUUUCCUCGGGUUCUUAAAAGGAGGAUUUUACGUGUCAGUGCUGGUUGUGCUUUACUGUUAACAAAGUUUUGAUUGAAGCCGUUUUUUUUCUAGUUGUAAGAAAGUGUCGCGAAAAACUCUUCUGCUUUUCGAGAAGAAAAAUUGCAUUUUUUAUACUUACUUUUGAAAGUGUAACUUUUUUUGUUAAGACCUUCAAGUGAAGAAAGUUUGAUUUUUUUAGUGUCUAGACUUUUUCAAUUUGUAGUGGAUACUCUUCAAACAGCUUCAAUCAGAACUUGAUUUUUGAUGAUCAAUAAAAAUAUUAAAAAAAAUUGAUUUUUUUCUCCAAAUUUUUCAUUUUAACUUCUUCUUGUCACAUUGAAACUGUGCGGCGUUUUUUGCAUUCCUAGCAAUUUCUAUUCAAAAAUGACACAUUUCACCAAAUCUUCAAAUUUUCAAACUUCGCAAGAAUCUAUCCUUUUUUUUCAAGCUCCCGAAUUUUUUUCAUCUAAAUUAUUUGCCGACCUGUUUAGUGUGGCAAGAAAAUUAGAGGCAGAUCAUAACUGGUUCAUUAUGUAUUGGUUUUGGUCAGAAGUUAGAGAAUUUCAUGAUUAUGUGUUAAUAUGUAGAAAUAGAUGGGUCAGUUUCGAGUCUAGAAAGCCAAAAAAAAAAAUUCGUUUUUUUAUUCUGAAAGAGAUAGGUUUUUUUAGAUUAGCUGAAGGAACAUAAAAAAUAAAACUUUUACUUUAGAUUUUCGAUCAAAGCGUUUUUCUUUUUGCUUUUUCUCUCCCAGAUGAUUCUAUUAAACCAAACUUAUUCGUACACAACCUGAUAUCCUUCUCAUGCGAAGAAAAUAAACUUGUUAGUUGGUCUAGAGGUUUAAAAGGGCGCCUGGGGAUCAUAAGACGAAGGUUCGAAUCUUUACUCAAUACUGUUUUUUUAGCAAGUAGGGCUCCAGGUAAAUGAUUCAAGAGAGUAUUUUUCGAAAAAAAUUGAUUUAAAAAAAGUCAUUUUAUUUCCGGUCUUAAAUUCAUCAGUUUUUUUCAUAACCGAAAAUGAAUGAAUUACCUCACUUAGCUCAGGCCUUUCUCUUUUACGGAGUACCCUUUUUUUGGAAUACUUUUUCUUCCAAAAAUAACAAUUUUUUUUUUUCUAGAAAAAGUAACUAUAAAAAAACGUAUUCAACUCAAUUUUGAGCGCUGAGUUAAUUGAGACUAUUCACUUUACUUUAUUUCCUGGAUCUUUUUCGUAGUUUCGUAAAUAAUCUCAUUCGAACCUUUUUCAAUUGAUUUUCAGGCCUUUUUUCACAUUUGAAAAAAAAAUUCAACUUAUCGCUUAUUUUCCUGCUCAAUCUUAACAGUUCAAAAAAUUGAUCAACGAACGAAUUCAAUAUUUCUUUGCAUGAGUUGGGGCGCCACCUGGCAGUGUCUUGCGAGGUCAUUCAUGUCUCUUUUGUUCUUUCACAGUUUCUGGGCUUUAUCCUCAGCCAAUGAGUUCAAACUACUUCAACUUGAUCACCAGAUCACUUGAAACGAACAUGUUCAACAUGUGUUUUGUUGAAAAAACGCUCUUUGAAUCGAAGCUUUUUAAUCCAAGAUUUAUCUGCAAGACUUUACUUUUUCUAUUAUCAAGAUAUUUCGGGAUUAACUGUAGAAAUUCAAAGUCUUCGUCAGUUGGUCGCAGUCUAUGAAGGAGAAGACUUAACCACUUGAAAAUUGAUAUUAUACUUUUGAACAAUCCAACGUUUUCGCGAAAAAAGAUUUUCUACAAAAUUGUAGGCUUUGAUCAUAGAUUUUUGACUGCGGUGAACUGAUGAAGAUUUAAAAAAGUUUCAAAAUUUUUGAGCUUCAGAGUAAUUUUUCAAAUUUUUUUUUACUUUCCCCUAGUCAUUAUUUAGAGAAAAUUUAAAGAAAGAUUAGGACCUUUUUUUAUUUUUUUGAACUCAAUACCGUAAUUACUCUUAAAGACUUUCGAAGUUCAUGCGGUUAUUAUUAUUUACUUUGGUUGACGUUCGAAAAUUUUGAAAAGGAAGCUCGGCAGAUAACGUUUGGAUUAAAUUGAAGAUUUCUUAGUACUUCAAAAUUUUCCGAUUUUUUGCAAGUCUCUUGAACUUCAUGCUUCACGAGCGCUUGUUGCAGUUCAAGAUCUUUUCAAUUAAAAUGAAAAAAAUUGUGUAAUUUUCAAAACUUGAUCAAAAAAAUACUUGUAAUGCUUUUCUACUUCAGUUCACCGCGUUCUUUUGGAAAUUUUUAAUCACAUAUUGACUUAAGUGAACUGUAGGAGACGCUACAAGUGUUCAGCAGAAGUUUGAAGCCUCAAAAGUCUUUGAAAACUAAAAAAAAAUCUUCAACUCAAAGAGAAACCUUUCAACAAAGCACAAGUCAAGCAUGUUCAAAGCCUGAAGGUCAAGCUGCGGGAGUUGGAGCUCGCUUGGCUCAGGAUGAAGCUUUGGAGUUGGGGCAAAAGAGGCAUGAAGGACUUGCGAGACACUGUCAAAUGACGAGCUCAGAGGGAGAAGAGAGCCUCGCCAAACAGGACCUUCUCCGAGCCAAUAGCCACCUACCAAAGACUCGAUCUCAGGCUCCAAUGCACUCUGGAGCCUGAGGUCGAGGCCUCCGACUCGGGCUCCACAGCCAGCCUGUGGGGUCUGAAGCAGAGGUCUCUGGCUCGGGCACUCAAGGCCUGGGCUGGAGACUCUGCUUCAGGCUUCAUAGGUCUGUGGAGUUUGGGGCAGAGGAAUCUGGCUUGGGCCCCUAAGGCCUGAGCUGGGUACUCUGCUUCAGACUCCAGAGGUGGCUGGGGAGUACGAGUUCGGAGACCCCUACCGGCGACAGUGACCGCGAGAGAGAAUUCCGGCAGCGGCCCUGACCCUGCCGGACAAAACCAAGUACAAAAGGGGGAGGAGAACACUUUAUUCAAUUUCACGGUUCAGAGUGUCCGGUUCGAUGCCGCCCUCGGAGUACGACGUCGUCCGGCGUCCAUCCCGUCACAUCGCUCGACCUGA